AUGUUGGAAAAAUCGACGAUAUGUCUCAUUCUAUUAACAUUGAUAUGUGUUAGUUUUCUACUUUUUCGAGAAAAUUCGUGUGAUUUUGAUGGAGGUUAUCAUUAUGGAAUGUGUGAGUUCAUUUUUAAAAAAAUAUUAGAACUGUUUUUUUUUCUGCAGUUGUGAAAACAUAAGGCUGUAACAUUUUACAAAAAUUUUAAAAAAUGUUUUCAAAUCCGAGUUUUUUCCAGCUCUUCUCCAACUUCCUUUCAAUAUUUCUUCGCGGAUACAAGAAUUUGCCAAUUCAUAUUCAACCGCAUCUCCUGAAGUACCAGAUGAAGGAACUGAUGAAAUUCUAAAUGGAAAAUCUAUUUUAUCAUACUACAAAGAAUUAUCCAAACAUGCAGAUCUAAUCAGUUCUAGAGUAAGUUCCAAAUUCAUUUUUCUGAGAAACCCGAUUUAUAGGAUAAAUUACAGUCUGAUGGUGGAAUGGUUCUACAAAUAUUAGCCACUUAUGCUUAUAAAGAUCAUUAUUCGGCAGUUUUAGCAAUUCCAAGAAAAAUGGGAACAAAAGUGUUUUGUAGAUAUAUUGAUCAAAAUGGUACAGAAAUUGGAAAACCUAUGGAAAGUGUGAUUUAUCCAUUUUUUGUUGUUUAUUGUAGUCGAAGAAAUGAUACAACAAUUCUGGCUAUAACUAUGACUGAAAAUGAUCCAAUUAAUACUGAUAAUUCAAAGUUAUUGAUUCGUAGGAAAUUUAAAGGUUUGUUAUUUUUCCACAUUUUAUCAUUUUGAUUUUUGUGAUAAGCAAAUUAAGAAUCAAAAACCCCUUUUUUGCAGAAUACCAACAUCACACGGCAUUUUGUCUUGCUCCAAUUUAUGGAAAAGAACCAAAAUGGUUACAUUUUGUCGAACUCGUUGAACAUUAUAAACUUCAAGGCAUCACCCACUUUUUUAUUUAUAUCAGAGAAAUUUCGGAUUAUGAUUAUAAAAUUGUUGAGAGUUAUGAAAAAUCGGGAGAAGUGGAAGUUAUUCGAAUUCCGGAUACAAAUAAAGAUGUUAUUGCUCAGCAACUAAUGGCUGUUGCUGUGAGUUCUAUUUUUUAUUCAAAAAUGAAACGAUCAAACAUCAAUGUUUUUAGGAUUGCCUUUUGCGAAGUCGAACUUUUGCAAAAUGGUCGAUUUUUGCUGAUAUUGAUGAAAGAUUAAUUAUGACUGAUCCAAUGAACACAAUCGAUAAAUAUUUGAGAAACUUCAAAGAUGAAAGUAUUGGUUCAAUUGCUUUUCCACAAAGAUGGAUUAUGAAGCGAGAUUUAUUGCCAGAAAAAUUCGAAAAUGAUGAUCAAGUUGUGAACAAGCUUCCAACACGCGCGUGGCAUGAAACAUCAGCGCCAGGAAUGAAAGGAAACCCAGUUUGUAUGGUAGAACAAAUCAAUUGUUGGGCCAAAGACAUUGUGAAUAAUGAAAAAGUUAUUCGAAUGCUAGUUCAUGAGGUCAAAGAAUUUUAUCCGGGCUACAAAGAUUUAUUCCUAGAUCAUAAAAUAGGUUAUAUUCGACAUUAUCGAGAUGUUCAUAUGCAAUCAUGGGAAGCAAAUAAUCGGAAAAAGAUGAAACAAUUUGGAGAAAUGUCAAAUACAUCUUAUCCAACUGUUUUAUCAUCUCAACUUCUUUCGGGUGUUUUAACUCGCCUUCAUCAAGUUUACGUGUAA